AUGGGGAGCCGCGCACCCGUACAUGCAGAGAUGAGCAUGUCUCCUACCAGUCCAUCCCAAUUAUCUUCUGUCAGUAAAGAAUUGCCACAUACUUUUCAGAGGUCGGGAUUGUCAUCAAAUGGUCCAGCACAACAAGCUCUCACCAGAGUUGGAUCUUCGCAGUCGCCACCUGCCAUCAAGCCAGUGUUGUCACCAACACAAGCUCCAUCGUCUAACAGUUUACUUCCAACGACGACGCCUGGCUCUUUGAGUACGCUAGUUCGUCCAAACGAUGGUGCUUCUGGGCCUAAUGGUCAAGAGUCGUUCUCGAAUGCGCGUCCGGUGUUGCAACCAACGAGUCCUACCUCGGUUGGUCCGUCAGUCCGGCCAUCUCUUCAUCAGCCUCUUCUGCCAGCUAGCUCAUCCAGCGCUUCGGCUGCUCACUCAACCAUGAUCUCACCACUAUCGCAAGCUUCUCCUUCAAACGGUAAAGCUCCUGAAGGAAAGACUCUUACUCAUACGGACUUGGCGCCACUUAAUUUAAAGGACCUGGAUGAUAAGAGUGUUUCGGGAACUCCCAAUGGCAGUUCCUUGUCCCCAACCCCUCUUCCUUUCUUAGAGCGUCUCUCAACGAUUCAGCCUCAAAUUCCGAAUCCGCUAGCCAACAAAGACACCGAAACGCGGAAGGUCCCGAAUGGCACCUUCCAAUCAGAAGGUUCUUCUGUGGAUGAAUCGCAACCUUUGGUAAAUUCUCCAACGGGAGACGACGAUCGUCUGCUUGAUCAUCGACAUCUCCAGCCAGGUGAAACGGUUUCACUACUUAGUCACAAAAAAACAUUGGACAUGUAUCGUGAAAAUGCGAAGAAAACGAAUGAUCCACAACUCAAUUACGAGCUUGCAAUUUUCAUGCUUGACGUAAGCCGCUCUCUUGAAUUUUCUGAGCAGAUACUGUCAAGGGGACAAGAUCCGGCAGCUGAGCGAGAACAUUUAGCCAAAGAGGCCGUUAACUUGCUUCGCCGGCUUGCUGACCGUGGUCACGUUGAAAGUCAGUAUCUUGUUGGUGAUUGCUUCAUGAAUGGUUACGGUUUAUCCAAGGGGCGUCCAGAUCUCGGCCUGGCUUAUUCGUAUUUUACUCAGGCAGGUAAACGCGGACACCCCGAUGCUGCUUACCGUGCUGGUACAUGUUAUGAAAAAGGAUGGGGAUGCCGCCGUGAUCAAGCAAAAGCUGUUCAAUUUUACAAGAUGGCCUCCAGUCGUAAACAUCCAGGCGCUCAAUAUCGAUUAGGCACUGCUGAGCUGAAUGGCGAGCUGGGUUUAAAACGCAGCGCACGAGAGGGUGUUAAGUGGCUCAAACGCAGCGCAGAGAAUGCUACACCAGAAUUUCCACAUGCUUUACAUGAACUGGCGCUUCUGCAUGAAAAAGGCAUCUACAACGUACUGUUCGUCGACUACGAGUACAGUUGUGAGUUGCUUGCGCAAGCCGUUGAAAUGGGCUAUGCGCCCAGUGCUUAUAAGCUGGGUGUCAACUACGAAUAUGGACGCAUGGGAUGUCCUCAGGAUAGUGGUCUUAGCAUCCACAUGUACAACAUUGCUGCGCAACAAAACCACAAAGAAGCAUGUUUUGCACUAACGGCUUGGUAUCUUGUGGGAGCCCCAGGAAUUUUACCUCAGAGUGACACAGAAGCAUAUUUGUGGGCCAAACGUGCGGCGGAGCAGGGGCUUGCCAAGGCCGAGUAUGCCUGUGGAUAUUUCUCAGAAAAUGGUAUUGGCACCGCCAGGGACUUAUCUGAGGCCAAGGGAUGGUAUCAAAGGGCUGUUGAGCAUGGUGAUUCGCGAGCAAGCAGUCGACUCAACACACUAUCCGGUUAUACCGCAAAACAAGUGGGAUCCGCGCCUGACGAAUCAGCUACAAGAAACCAACCCAAGGCCAUUCCUGUGCAACCACUCAGUGCACCAUUUCCUAGUGCUGCUCCCAUGAGUACCAUGCGCACUCUGGGUGUAUUGAACUAUCCUACGCCGAAAGCUAUGAGAGAAACCCAAGCGGUUCAGCGUGAUUUGCAUCAACAAGCCCUUGUUGCGGCCAUAGAAGAGCGUGAUCGGUCAAGAUCAGACUUGUCCUCGCCGCAAGGGGGCUCGUUCUUUGGGCCAGGCUGGCAAGCAGGCCGUUUGCCGAACAAACCUUUCUCACCCUCACAGCCGCCGAAGGAAGGUGGUAAGCCAAUGAAUUUGAUUGCAGCUGGUCCGCGUGCCGGUUUCCCGAAACCUCCGACGCCGCCUCCUCCGGAGCCAGAACCAGAGCCAGAGCCAGAACCAGAUGCCGCCCAAGCUGGAGGAAAACAUCGUCUCAAGGCUCGUGUGUUUCGCUUUGGUAGGAAAAAUAAGUCUGAUAAAGGCGCCGAACUCCCUGAACAGGCUGAAGGGGAGGUGCCGGCCUCAUCUAGUGCGCCAAAUGUCGGCAUCGCUGCUGAUGGACCGCUGUCUCCCACAACUACUCAGGAGGCGACACUGGUGCAAUCAGAUGGAUCAAAUCCUGUGUCACCUACAUCCCCCCCUCCCCCGGGACAGCUUGCGAUUACUUCAAAACCGGAGGGAGAGCUUGACAAUGGCAAUAAACCGAACGGACCCUCACAGGCCUUGUCGCUGCUUCCACGUCCUCCCGGUCAACGGCCGGGUGCCCCUCUACAGCCUGAAACUAAGCCGCAAGAAACAUCUCAACAAGGGCAGGCCCAGAGCAAGAAGCCUAAUGAAACGGAACCAAAAGACGUUGAGCCAUUUAUCGGCGAAAAGCCUAAGGAGGAAUCAUCUUCAAAGCCUGGUUUCUCAUUGUUCGGUCUUGGGAAAAAGAAUAAAAACAAGGGUUCCGAGAAAUCGUCGGCGAGAGAAGACGAUAGCAAGGCUAACAAAGAGUCGCGAUUACCUCCAUCUGAUUCUAGUGCUGUAGCGUCCCCUGGUCUGAAAGGCCAGCAGGUUGGCUCCGACACUACUACAAGUCCAAAGCUAGAACCCCAGGAUGCUUCGAAGACGUCUGCGCAGCAAAAAUCCGUCAACCCUUCGCAGUCACCACAGGGUUUGCAACCAUCAGGAUCAACAGCUACUUGGACUCAAUCCAAUAGCAGCGGACCUCCGGUUUUGGCCGGAUUUGCUCCAGGUCGCCCGCCGCUUAGACCCCAGCAAGGUAUGCCUGGACAUGCGAAGCCUGGAAGUCCCCUGGAAGGUCCUCGGCAAGCUAUGCCUGGCAGUCUUGUUCCAGGUCAUCCGUCCUCUGAGCACAAGCCAGUCGGACCUACUCCUAUCAGCCCAGCACAUCCACCUGAUCAACUCGGUGGUCCUCAGCAUGGAACUAGUCAUGGGAACUUCUCUGGUCCGCUGCCGGCUGCUCAUCAGCAAGGAGCCAAUGCACAUUCAACUUCUGGUCCGUCUCUAAAUGGUCCCCAGCAAAGUGCAGGAAGUAUCGUGGCGCUGCGUCCCCCAAAUGUGCCGCCAUCUUCUUCCCAUGCUCCUAAUCAUACACCUUCUACUCGCUCGCUCGCAGAAACACAACCUGUUGUGCCUGUGAAUGCAACGCCGGUUCGUCCUUCCUCGGGUCCUGUUGUAAGGGGCUCUUAUGAAAGUACUGAUGAUUCUCGUUCUGUUGGGAACUUACAGCCUAACCCGAUAGGCAGCACGGGACAUCCACGACCUGCCUCCAAUGGUCGGCCAGGUGUACCGGCAGGACUCGUGCCAGCGCGACCAUCUAUCGGAACUAGUUCUGGUAUGCAAGGAACGCACAAUGCAGGCCGCCUGACGUCUAUGAACUCUCGAUCAAGUAUGCCAAAUCCAACAAUGUCUGGACAACCCACAGCUUCCUCAACACCUACAGAUGUGUCGCACGAGCAGGCAAGGAUGUCGAUGCCGAAUAACAUGCUUCAACUGCGUCCUGUAUCUCCCUCGCGUCCACCAGCGGCGUUGCAACCAAGCACGCAGACACCUCAAAGGCCUGGUAAUCCUUCAGUUUUGACUGCGUCUGGUCAACCACAUGUACUUCGGUCACCAGGUCCACAAAGUCCAUCAUCACCUACCCCCACACAUCAGGAACCUGGCCACCGGCCGCUGAUAAGACCACAACAGGCACGACCAUCUCCUGGUAGUCCUCCGCCGAGUAUGAUGCCGGGUCGCCCGCCUGUCGGACCUGGCGGGCCUGUUUCCCCGCAAGCUGGACCGCGGCAACAGCAACCUCUUUCGCAAAACCAGGGUGUCAUGCCUACGCGGCCGAAUUUCCCGCCUCACCCAAAUAUGGCCGGCUUAAAUGGUCAAUCGUCACCUCGUGGUACACCGCAACCGCAUUUGCAUCCAGGUCGUAUCCCGCCGUCUUCUUCGCACUCGUAUGUGCGACCGCCAAGUGCUAUGCCGCCGCCCUCCAUGCAGCCAGGUAGCGCUUCACCGCCUGGAAGAAUGCCAGCACAAUUGCAUUCUGGUCGCCCUAUGAAUGUGCAAUCGCGAGGUCUGGGUGAAAAUCAGCCAAUUUCGAUGCAAGCCCUAAUGCCGGGUCAGUCAUAUUCCGGAGGCAAUCCUUCUAUUCCUCCAGGUAUGUCGUCCCAACAAGCAGGACGUCCUUCUGCACAAAUGGGUCGUCCUCCGACGGCAAUCAUGCCACCGAAUCAGUUACCAGGGCGCCCCAUUCCUCCUAACUCUGCACCUGGUAUGAACCCUAGUUUCCCAAAUCAUCCUGGUACUUUAAACCCUACUCGCCCUAGUAUGCCUUCAGCUGUCGCACCUGGUAUGCAAAGUGGACAUAUGGUGCCUGGUCAGGUUCGCCCAGGUGUCCCUGGUUUACCACAAUCUGGUGGCCCUCCUGCCUCUCACAAUGCUCGUCCAUGGGCUAUGUCGUCUCCUGUGAGACCCGUGGAGAACAACACCAUUCGACCAAGUGGACCAGGGUCACCACCUCAUGGCACGGGUGCGGCGAGAUCUAUGCUUGGUUCACCUAAUUCGGUGGGCACUGAUAUCGACAAGUUUGAAGAUGCUCCAUCAGCUGAAAUUGCACAAGGACCCCCAGGUGCAGGAGGAGGUAUGUCUUCCCCGAUUAAACCAGAUCCUAAUAUGGCUGGCGAUAAAAAUGCCCGCAGAAAAUUCCUGGGUAUUAUCUGA